AUCUCAUCCAACAUACCACAUCACCUCUCUAAUUAUUUAUCCCAGAAAGGUCUUUGUGGAUUGUGAGCAGUUACUUUAAGUCGAUUGUCGUCGACUAGAGUCUUAACUUUUCAAGUUAAUUAUUUUUUCAUUUUCAUCAUGAGAGUAUUCAUGAUAGUGGCGCUCGCUACGGCAGUAGUAGCACGACCGGAAGCUGGCUACAACUACCAAUCGCCUAGCAACACCUACGGUACUCCAGGUGGUGGAUCCUUGGGAGGAUCAGGUGGCAACGGUGGCUUCUCCGGUGGCUCUAUUGGAGGAUUCGGUGGUGGUUCUUCCGGUUUCGGUGGUGGCUCAUCCGGAGGCUUCAGUGGUGGAUCCCUAGGUGGAUUCGGAGGCGGAUCUGGAGGAUCCUUUGGAGGAUUCAGCGGAGGUUCUUCUGGUGGAUUUAGCGGUGGCUCAUCUGGUGGAUUCAGCGGUGGCUCUUCCGGUGGAUUCAGCGGUGGCUCUUCCGGUGGAUUCAGCGGUGGCUCAUCUGGUGGAUUCAGCGGUGGCUCCUCAGGAGGUGCUCUCAUCCAGAAACACAUCUACGUCCACGUUCCCCCACCAGAGGCACCAGAAGAACCCCGAUUCAGACCCCAGCUCCAGACCGCCGCUCCCCAGAAACACUACAAGAUCAUCUUCAUCAAGGCCCCAACUCCACCUGCACCAACUGCUCCAGUAAUCCCAGCUCUUCAACAAGACGAACAGAAGACUUUGAUCUAUGUCUUGGUUAAGAAACCAGAAGACGCACCUGAAAUCAACUUGCCCACUGCUGCUCCAACUCAACCCAGCAAACCUGAAGUUUACUUCAUCAAGUACAAGACCCAGAAGGAAAGCGGCUCAUCUGGCUCAAUCGGUGGCGGAGUAAGCGGCGGCUCAAUUGGCGGUGGACUCGGCGGUGGACUCGGCGGUGGACUCGGUGGUGGACACGGAGGUUCAAUCGGCGGUGGCCACGGAGGUUCAAUCGGCGGCGGCCACGGAGGUUCAAUCGGCGGCGGAGACCACGGAAGCACCGGCUCCAGCGGACCCUCCGCCCCGGGACCAAGCUACGGCCCCCCCGGGCAGUCCGGUCCUUACUAGUCAAUCGAAGCAGAAUCAUCUGGACCCACGACGGCUUGGACAGUUGGCUACGAUACAAUUGCCCAAGCUAUCCUCCUCUAGCUCGACUCAGCUCACCAUUAUUUAAAUCGAUAACCGUUCCAGUUAGUAAUUAUCUAAUCGUAACAUUAAUUAACGCACGUGCGAGCGCUGAUUAAUAAUUAUUAAUUCUGCGCUUGUUUCACGUUCGACGCGGUAACGCAAAGCCGAUCUUUCCUCGAUGCCCGCUGGAUCGGCCUUGCGCUACCUAGGGGUACUCUUCUUUAAUUAUUAUUCUAUUCUUUUCUUCCUUUUUGUACCAUUUCUUCUUUUCUUCUUUCUUACUUUUUUUAUUGUUGACUUUAAUAUUAUAUAUUAUUAUUAAUUUUAACUUCGUACAAUUGUAAUUGUAAUAUAAAAUAAUAUCUCAGAAGAAAUAUUUUUUUACACGGACGAAUCGAUGUAAGACGACCUAUUUGUUAUAAAUGACCAACACGACUUUGGCUCGCAAUGUCGAGGGAUAAUGUACCUCUUUAUUUUUAUACGUAAUUAUUUUGCAAGAAAUACGGUGGCGAAAUAAAGCUUUUUUAUGUAUUUUUUUACAUAAAAGA